AUGGCAAGUAGCAAGCGUAGCUUUGAGGCUCUUGCAGGCGAUGAGGAUGAUCCUAUCAUUUUGGGAGGUGACAAUGAGCGUGACCAUCAAGUAUCAUCCCUGACCCAACAGGAUGCUCACUCGUCCCAGGGCGCUGCAAGCUCAGAGAUCUUUCAAGAACCUCAACAUGAAACGGUGUAUAAGACUGGAGUGUCAUCGUCUGCAUUCGCCGAAGCCCAUCGAGAUAGUUGUGACUCGACCACCAACGAGCUCAUUCCACCCCCUGGAUGGGCUCCAAUCUGCGCGCGUACAGCUGGAGGACGGUUCGCCUACAGUAAAUUCGCCACGAAAGACGAAGAUACAGUUUGUGAGCUUUCAGGCUCAGGUAAUCUGAUCAUCAAUAGAUCAGAAGCGUUAGACUGGCUUAGUACUUACGAACCUGAAAAAGGCAGUCUGAGUGGUCUAGUCGAUGAUUGGUGUUUGAAGACAACUUCAAAAUCAGGAAAAACGACCAAGAUACAAAGGGGUAGAGACGUUGUUGGAACUAUUCAUAGAGGUCUCUAA